CCACUCAGUGCCACCGCACAAAGAUGUUCACCCGUGCUGCGCGCGCGAUCAUCCCUUCGGCUGCGGCUGCCGUCCCGCAGAACGCCCGUGGUAUGGCUACGCUGCAGGAGAUGAAGCGCCGGAUUGAGUCUGUCUCCAACAUGGCCAAGAUUACCUCGUCGAUGAAGAUGGUGUCUGCGGCCAAGCUCCGCCGUGCUGAGGACGCCAUGAAGCCGGCUAUGGCGUACGGCAAGGCCUCGGCUGCCCUUCCCGAGCUGGUGGGUGAGCCCGAGGAGAAGCCCGAGACCCGCCUGGUGGUGGCCAUCUCGUCGGACAAGGGUCUGUGCGGUGCGGCCAACUCGGUCAUUGCCCGUGAGGCCAUUGCCAUCAUGGAGGAGGACAAGGCUGCCGGCGUGCAGACGGUCAUCGCCAACGUCGGCGACAAGGCCCGUGCCACCCUCACCGCCAAGGGCGUCGAGGUUGAGCACGGCUUCUCCGAGUUUGGCAAGUCGGCCUUUUCGUUUGCGCAGGCGGCGUACAUUGCCGACAUCCUGCUCAACGAGGUCGAGUUUGACAUUGCCACCAUUGUCCACAACGAGUUUGUCAACGUCAUCACGUACAACACCGUCCGCAAGUCGGUCCUUGGGCCGGAGAAGAUGGCCGAGCAGACGUCUGCGGCCCUCGGCCACUACAACAUGCGCGGCGACCGCCACCUCAUGGAGAACUACGCCUCCUUCCACCUCGCCAACGCCAUCUUCUCGGGUGCCCGCGAGGCUGCCGCCGUCGAGUUUGCCCAGCGCAUGUCCGCCAUGGACUCGGCCUCCACCAACGCCAAGGACAUGAUCGAGCGCCUCGAGCUCCAGUACAACCGUACUCGCCAGGCUGUCAUCACAACCGAGCUGUGCGAGAUCAUUGGCGGUAUGUCGGCUCUUUGAUUGUUGCAACGUAACACACACACACACACACACACACACACACACA